ACCCAUAAAGCAUUUGGCGGAGUGGAGGCGCGUCAGUCUCGCAUGGUAACUUGCCUCACAUUUGAAGUUCCCGAGAGGUCUAGUCACAGAAGUCCGAAAAUGACGGAAGGCACGAGUCUGCGAAGAAGAGGGGGGCCCUAUAAAACAGAUCCAGCCACAGAGCUGACCCGCUGGAGGCUCAGGAACGAGGAGGGCAGACAAACCUGGAGUUAUCUGGAGGAUGAGGACAUUGAGGAGAGGAAGCAGACCUUACUGGAGGCUCACUCACUGGGUCUAGACACGAGUGAGUUCGUCCCAGCAUCCUCUGCUGUUCAGACGGCUGUCGAAGCUGCUCUGAAGGGUAUGGACUUUUACAGUCAGCUCCAGGCUGAGGAUGGCCACUGGGCUGGAGACUAUGGUGGACCACUUUUCUUGCUCCCGGGUCUUCUUAUAACCUGCCACGUGGCUAACAUCUCCCUGCCGGAGGCCUGGAAGAAAGAGAUGGUGAGGUAUCUGCGCUCUGUGCAGCUGCCAGAUGGAGGAUGGGGACUGCACGUUGAAGACAAGUCUACUGUAUUUGGCACGGCCCUCAAUUACACUACACUGAGAAUCCUGGGGGUUGGGCCUGAUGACCCAGAUAUGGUGCGGGCAAGAAACAACUUACACAGCAAAGGGGGAGCUGUAGGUAUACCAUCCUGGGGAAAAUUCUGGCUGGCCAUCCUCAAUGUGUACAGCUGGGAAGGGAUGAACACCCUUUUUCCGGAGAUGUGGCUGUUUCCUGCAUGGAUGCCGGCGCACCCGUCCACCCUAUGGUGCCACUGCAGACAGGUUUACCUUCCCAUGAGCUACUGCUACGCUGUCAGGCUGGCCGGUAAAGAGGACCCAUUAGUGCUCAGCCUGAGACAGGAGCUGUAUGUACAGGACUACGUGACUAUUAACUGGCCUGCUCAAAGGAACAACGUAGCAGCCUGUGACAUUUACACCCCCCACAGUAACCUGCUCACUGUUGCCUACUUGAUCUUGAAUGUAUAUGAGGCUCAUCACAGCACAGCACUGAGAGAGAAAGCAGUGAAAGAGCUGUAUGAUCACAUUAAAGCAGACGAUCGCUUUACAAAGUGCAUCAGUAUCGGGCCGAUUUCAAAGACUAUUAAUAUGUUGGUACGCUGGCAUGUUGAUGGACCCUCAUCAGCAGUCUUCCAGGAGCAUGUGUCCAGAAUCCCAGACUACCUCUGGUUAGGCCUUGAUGGCAUGAAAAUGCAGGGAACCAAUGGAUCUCAGCUAUGGGACACUGUCUUUGCAGCACAAGCAUUUCUUGAGGCAGGUGCCCAGGACAACCCUCGUUUUACAGAGUGCUUACAGAAGGCCCACCAGUUCUUUAAUGUAACCCAGAUUAAAGAGAACCCUCCACAGUAUGAAAAAUACUACAGACAAAUGAACAAGGGAGGUUUUCCUUUUAGCACACACGACUGUGGCUGGAUCGUGGCUGAUUGCACAGCAGAGGGGCUCAAGUCAGUGAUGUUACUGCAGGAGCGGUGCAGCUUCAUUACAGAUCAUAUCCCUGAAGAGAGACUCUUUGAUGCAGUCAAUGUGCUCCUGAGCAUGAAAAAUGCUGAUGGUGGUUUUGCCACUUAUGAGACCAAACGUGGAGGAAAGCUGCUGGAACUGCUCAAUCCCUCAGAGGUGUUUGGUGAUAUCAUGAUCGACUACACCUAUGUGGAGUGCACUUCGGCUGUGAUGCAAGCUCUGCAGCACUUCCACCAUAUUUACCCUGAGCACAGAGCACAGGAGAUCAGGAGCACGCUUCAGCAGGGGCUCGACUAUUGCAGAAGGAUGCAAAGACCUGAUGGCUCAUGGGAAGGCUCAUGGGGUGUGUGCUUUACAUAUGGAGUCUGGUUUGGCCUGGAGGCAUUUGCAUGUAUGGGUCACACUUUCCGGGAUGGAUAUGAUGGGCUGGUGUGUGCUGAGGUGAGGCGUGCCUGUGACUUCCUGCUCUCUAAGCAGAUGGAGGAUGGAGGCUGGGGAGAGGACUUUGAGUCAUGUGAACAGCGGCGCUAUGUACAGAGCAAAAACUCACAGAUCCACAACACCUGCUGGGCUCUUCUGGGCCUGAUGGCUGUCAGGUACCCUGACCUAAAGGUGAUUGAGGAUGGAAUACAGGUUUUGAUUGACAAGCAGCUUCCUAAUGGAGAUUGGCCACAAGAAAACAUCUCUGGUGUUUUCAACAAGAGCUGUGCCAUCAGCUACACAUCCUACAGGAAUGUGUUUCCUAUUUGGACCCUGGGCCGUUUCUCGCGCCUCUACCCCUCCAGCUCUCUUGCUGGGAAGGUGAAACUGUGAGGGACUGAGAGAUCAUCUGCGAGGAGUUUACUUCUCUUUGGUGUCUGAUCUGCCUUACUACCUGAUGGGAGUUUCUCUUUUAUACAUACCAAUCUGCUGCUAUGUGAAACUCUUUGAUUUGGUACUUCAGUGUAAUUUAAGUGUAAUUUUGUAUGUUAAUCAUUAAAAUUUGUGCACAUACAGGGCUUUGUUAUCUCAAUCUACAGUUAUAGGUCCAUUUGCUUUACUUCUUUUAUGCUUAAAAGACUUUGGAGCAUUAUUUAAGCCAGAGCUGAUUUUUUAAUAAUUACUAAGAAAUAGUUAUUUUGUUACACCAUUAAACACAGUACUGUGCAAAAGUAAGAGACCACACUUUACUCAUUUAUUUUCCAGUCAAAACACCUGUUAACAACUUAAAUGGCCAGGGCCCACCAGCAGGUCUAAAGUUUUAUUACACACUUCUAUAACCUAAGAACAGUUCAGCCAGUUUGCGCUGAAGUCCCUGUAGUUACUGAAUAAUAAGCCUUAGUAUGUAAUAGGCCUGGGAUUUUAUAGGGUAAAGAACAAGUUUUUCAUUUUUCAGGAGAUAUUUCAGAGAGGAUUAGAUCCAAGACAGUCUGCUUGCAUAAGGAAUAAGAAAGUGAAAAAAAACAGGAGCAUUGGGUCUGAAAUAAUAUGUAGCUGUCAAGAAGCUCCUACUGAGUAGAGGAAAUAGGCAAAAAAGAAGAAAAUUUGCAAAUCAAACAAAACAGCUGCUGGUGUUCUCAGAACAAUGGACUGUCCACCCCAAAGUCCAGACCUCAACAUUGCUGAAUAUGUUUGGGAUUACUUGGAUUACGAGAAGCAGAAAAUGCAGCCAACUUCUAAGACUGAACUUUGGACAUGUGGUAAAAUAUUCCUGCAGAUUUCUUUGAAAAACUGAAAGCAAGUCACUUGAAAAGAAUGUAAGCUGUAUUAGGCAAUGGGUGGACACCAAAUUAUGGAAAAAAAAAAAUUCUGAUACCAAAAAUUAGGUAACUUCUGCUUCCUAUUGGUUGUUUUGACUGGAAAUUAAAUAUAUGAAGAGUGGUCUCUGACUUUUGCUCAGUAUUUAGGUAAUCAAAUAUGUCAUGUGAAUUCAUGUUUCUUGUGUUAUCAAUCAUAAUUGGGUGAUUCUUUUUUUUUGCCUGAUUUUCUCACCAAUUUAGUCAUAUCUAGUUUCACCAUCUAGCUAGGUCUCCCCAAAUCACACAAUGCAACCAGUCUGGGAGGGUGAAGGCUAGCAUGAGCUUCCUCCCAUAUACAUGAAGCACCACUGCAUCGUUCCAAUGCAACAUCAUUGAAUAGUUAAGCACACUUGGAGAAUGCUAAAUGCCAGUUCUGUAACAUCAGCUAACAGAUGCCAGAGGCCAUCCUGGACACAGAUGGCCAUGGCAUCACCAGGGACCGUACUCACAAUCUCCCGACAGCUCUAGUGAUCUUGUCACAUUCUCUUCCUCUACCUGAAAGAAGUUAAAAAUUCACAUUCCAUCAGCACCUCUUUGUGCAACUCCCUGAGAUAAACAAAUAAAAAACUGAUUUCCAUAAAACAUGAUGGAAACAAAACCAA